CCCCCCGGGUGGCCGUGGAGUUGAAUGAGUUGACUGCUGAAAGCUGUUGACCAUCUCACCCUUCACUUCCCAGCGCAUACACCCAACAACAUACCAUCACCAACCCAACAAUACCAACACCAACACCAACACAAACCAUGGCCUCACUCUCAACCCAAACCAGAUCACACUCCGCAACCUACACAACCACCAACAAGAACAAGAACAAACGCCAUCCGAACUCACUCCCAUCCCGCUCAGCCUCCUUCCAACAACAACCCACUUCUUCCAACUGCAAACCACACUCCACUAACUCCCACCAUCAGCUUCCCAGGACGCCGAGCUCUUCAGGACAGACCAAUCCAAACUAUCUGCUCGUCGACCAGAUCAAUCGCCAUCAGGACCUCUAUCUCGUCCUCGGCCUCUCCGGAUACUCCGCCCUCAACCGCCAGUCUAUCAAGCUCGACGAUAUCCGAAAGGCGUAUAUCUCCAGAUCUCGGCUCUGUCAUCCUGACAAGCUGCCCCAGUACGAACCCUGUACGGCCGCCUUCCAGAAACUUAGCUUCGCUUAUGAAACCCUCUCUAACCCCCACACCCGCAAACUAUACGACUCCAAUCACAAUCGGUCCCCGCACGCCUUCAACUUCGACAAUCCUUCUUCUUCUUCUUCUUCUUCUUCAAGAUCUCGGAAUUCUAAUAGUAAUACUUACAAUGGUGGUGGUUCUAACAAAUCGAAUCCGAACCCAAAGGCCGACGCCCACACUCACUCAUCUUCGUAUUCGUCGUCAACCACCGGCCAGAACAUCAAUCCGGAUGAGACGCUCAACGGCGUCCUGCAUGCCACGUUUUGCGAAUUCAUGGAUGGCGAUUUCGAGAUGAUCAGAGUGGUUAUCAAUGCAUUAAACGAAGGAAACCCGGGGCUGAAUCUAGGCGAAGAGAUGAUCGAGAGCCUGGAGAAGACGUUUACGCGGCUACGACGGGUGUUACUUUCGGGGCAAAAGUAUCUGGGCGUGGUGCGAUACGAGAUGCUAGAGCUAUGGGAGCUGCAAGCGAAGCUGCGGGGGAUGAGCUACUUCAACCUGGUCGGCCGGAUGCGGGUCUCGCUGGCCUUGGCCCGGGUGACGCUCUUGAUCCCCAUGCGGAUCGACCAGGCCUUGCGAGACGGCUCCCUGUCCUCCUCUCGAGUUUACUCUUCCUUUCAAGAAGACAAUCUUGGCCAGGAGGAGCAGGAUUCUGCGGCUUCUGAGAUGGACCUCGAUCAGCUCCCUCACCCCCCGCUCAAUCAUCCCCCCAGAAAUGGCAUCCUGCCCCCCAAAAUCGCCGGCCUCUUGCAGGCUACCGUCGCCGUCCUUGAGCGCGGCGAGCGGGCGACUUUGUGGCCUUACUCUUCUCCGUCCGCUGAGCCUUCUGUCCAUCCUUCUUCUCCUUCUCCUUCUUCAUCUUCUUCAUCUUCUUCGGAAUCAUCAUCAUCCACUACGACCACAACAACUUCGCCAACAACAACAACCGCAACACUUCCUGUUUCGCCGUCUCCUUUCGAUCCUUCGUCGAUCACUUCGUCCUCUUCGUCGUCUGCCGCUUCUUCCCCUUCUUCCCCUGCCCCUUCUUCUUCUUCCUCAAAUACUUCUACUGCUACCACCUCCCCCCAGAUUCCUGUUUUACCUCCCGUCCAUAUCCUUCCUUCUCUUGUCCACACUCCUCCCAACCCUCCUCCAGUCCCUACUACCCCUUCUUCUUCUUCUUCUUCUUCUUCUUCUUCUUCUUCUUCUUCUUCUUCUUCUUCUUCUUCUUCUUCUUCUUUACUCUUCACUUUCCUCUUUUAACUUUGUUUGCAUCCUUCUUUCCUCUUGCACUCUCCAUUCUCCUCCUUCUCUUUUUUUCUUUCCUUGCAACUUUUAUUUUGUUUGGGUGGAUAUGGCUCCAGGCCAAUUAGAUUUUAUCCUUUUUAUUAUUCUUCUUUUUUUUGGUAUGUAUGUAUGUAUUUUUUGGCAUGAACAUCAUUUUAGGCUUGAUUUUUUUUUUUUGUGUGUGGGUGUGGGGGGGCAUAAAUAUAAGAGAGAUGGGUGUUCUUGAAUCUUAAUAAUCCAUAUCGUUAUUGUGUCUUGUACCGUAUUCUAUCCUAUCUCUGCAUCCAGAUCCACACCUUUACACAUCUUAGAUACACAGAUACUAUAUGCAGCUUAGCAAUCGUCUCAGGCUUUUACAGUUUAUGUAAGAAUUGUCCACACAUGUUUAAAUCAAA